AUGAGGCGGAACCUGCAGCCCAGAGGUGACCAGGCUGAGCUGGAAGAGAAGACGAGGCUCAUCAACCAGGUUUUGGAGCUUCAGCACACUUUAGAGGACCUGUCUUCCCGGGUGGAUGCUGUCAAAGAGGAGAACCUGAAGCUAAGGUCGGAGAACCAGGUUCUGGGUCAGUAUAUUGAGAACCUUAUGUCUGCCUCCAGUGUCUUUCAGACCACUGAGACGAAGAGCAAACGAAAGUAAGGAGAAAAUUCCAAACCUGAACCCAGCACCUAAUACCAAAGCAGCCUGGAUGACUGGACUCUGAUGUCAACA